AUGACCCCUGCACAGUUCGAGGAUUUGCUUGCAAAAGUGGCGCCGCUAAUUGAAAAACAGGACACAAUAAUGCCCUGUCAGCCAGCGACCUUUCGAGUACCAAGGUCGACUAUAUCUGAGCUCCUAGAGGAAGUGCUUGAUAGCAUAUAUGCUGUUCUGCAAGAGCAUAUUCAGGUUCCUAAUACAACAGAGCAAUGGUUACAGGUGCAAAAGGAUUUCAAUGAUAAGUGGCAGUUCCCUUUCUGUUGUAGCGCUAUUGACGGGAAGCACGUUGUAAUAGACAACCCACCGCAUGGAGCAUCGGAUUAUUAUAAUUACAAGGGUACUUUCGUCGUAGUGCUAUUCGCCAUAGUCGAUGCACACUACCAUUUCUUGUAUAUUGAUGUCGGUACGAAUGGGCGCAUGAAUGACGCCAGCAUUUUCAAAAAGUCGCAUUUUUAUAAAGCACUACAGGAGUUGAGGAUGAGUUGGGAUUACCAACUAAGGGUGUCUUCGUUGGCGAUGACGCGUUCCCCUUAACAACAAGGAUCAUGAAGCCGUAUUCCAGGCAUUAUGCAUUGCCUCGCAAGGAAAAGAUUUUCAAUUACCGGCUGUCGAGAGCUAGACGAAUCGUUGAAAAUGCCUUUGGAAUAAUGGCUUCUAGAUUUAGAGUUUUUCGAAAUCCGAUAUCUGUGUCCCUAGACAAAACCGACUCAAUAAUUAUUACGGCAUGCGCUCUCCAUAAUUGGCUCCGAACAAGCAAUUUAAGUAAACUGGUUUAGUCGAUCAGGAAGACACAAACACAGGAGCAGUUUACCAAGGAAGUUGGAGAAGCAUUCCUUCAGGUGCCUUAGAAGAACUAACCACGCAAUUGUCUUAAAGCA